UCUGUCAAAGUCAAUUUUUACACUUCGUAGUCUUUUUAGGCAUCUUAUACGUAUAUUUUAUAUAUUUUCUUGCAGUGUGGUAUUAACAGCUUUCUUUAAUCUUUUUUUUGGAUUAAACCGAAUUCAAUCAAGAGAAUAAUUUAUUCAUUGUCUUCAAAAUGUCGGAAGGUCGUCAUUUUGCCGGCAUGGAAAUAAAGAAGCCUACUAAAAAAAAGGUGUUCGUUUAUAUUACCUUAUUUUUUUCUGAAUUCUUUGGUUCAUGCAUUCUUCUUAUUUUUGGAUGUUUGGGAUGUUCGGUUUAUGAAUUUGUGUACGAGCCACCUGUUCAAGUGCAUCUCAUUGCAUUCUCUUUCGGUUUUGCGGCUUUCAUUUCGCUGAUGACAUUUAUUCCUAUAUCUGGCUCUCAUAUAAAUCCUCAAAUUACCAUAGCAGCUGUCAUUCUGGGAAAACUGAAUAUUUUAAGGGCUAUUGUAUACUGCCUGGCACAAUUUAGUGGGGCAAUUGCAGGUUACGCCUUGCUCCUGAUCGUUCUUCCUGGCAUGUAUCGCGACCAGCAUUUUUGCGUUAACAGAAUGAAUGAUAAUCUAGAAGUUUAUCAGGCCUUGUUAGUAGAAAUUCUCAUGACUGCAGCACUUAUAUUUACAUGCGGGGCCGUUUGGGAUGCCAAAAGCGCUGGAUGGAUGGAUUCCGUUUCGAUAAGACUUGGUCUGGUAAUUGCAGCACUUGCCACGGUUGGGGCUUCUCUCUCAGGAGCAAGCAUGAAUACUGCAAGAAGUUUUGGGCCAGCUUUGCUUAAUAACUCUUGGAAGGCUCACUGGAUAUAUUGGGUCGGACCAACUGUGGGAUCAGUAUUUUCAUCCGUUGUCUAUAGAUUUUUGUUUGAACCCUUCGAUGAUAGCGAUGACACAGAAUGAAGAGUAUCUACCUAUUUUAAAUCAAUUAAUUUGUUUAACUUUUCGUCCCAUUAACAUUGAUAAAAUUGACUUUUUAUUGUGUAAUCCUUACGUAACUUUUAUAAA